AUGUCUGCCAAGUCGGUAUUUCAAGAGGAGAAAAAUCCACGGGGUAUUCCCAAAGCUCCAUUCAUCGCGAAUGUCGAAGAAUAUCUGGGAGGCCCAGAUGGCGUGGUCGAGACUCCCCUGAAGAAUUUCCAGGAUGCUAUCGCGAAGUACCGAUAUAUGGAUGCCAACCUAACGCAACGACGAAAAGGUCUAGAGGACAAGAUCCCUGACAUCAGAAAGACCUUGCAUAUGGUGGAGUUCCUGCAAGAAAGAAGAGAAGGCAAGAACAAGAACGACGAUCUGGAGGAUGAUCUCAAUGAUGAGGAAAGCUCCGACAAUUCCAAAAAGCCGCUUACCACAACGUUCGAAUUAAACGACACGCUUUUCGCGGAAGCAGAACUUGAGGACACUGACACUGUCUAUCUAUGGCUAGGGGCGAAUGUUAUGCUAUCGUACAAAUUGUCGGAGGCUACGUCGCUCCUGCGAUCCAAAUUGGAUCUUGCAGAGGCCAGCUUAAAAGCUACGAUCGAAGACUUGGAGUUUCUGCGAGAGCAGCUGACGGUGAUGGAAGUGAACACUGCUAGAGUCUAUAAUUGGGAUGUUAAGCGGAGAAGAGAGCGUCGACUGGCUGGAGAAGCCGACGGAAAGAAGGGCGGCUAGCAUUUGUUAUUACUGCACUUGAGAAUUUUUCGGUUGCACUUUAGCGCUAUGAUAUCAACUUUAUUCUAUGUACUUUCGGCUUGCAUAUGCACGAACUCAGCGGCCAUUGGUCACUCCGCUCGAGCUUUCAACAGCCUUUGGACUUCAAGCUGUGGGGAAAUGACUCAGAGUUCAAAUGAUAUUGCGAGAUUGCUGCCUCUGCACUAUCGCUAGCUCUCAGUCUGACAUUGUCUUAUUUCUGAAGGUGUCAUACAAGCGAUAAUCUCGCAUGUACCCAUCUUGAAGCCGGGGUCAAGCGAUACGACCGCCGCUUUUCAGGUGGAGGGCGCAUAUGGAAUUGCAUCCGCGGGAUCAAACAUUCCGUCCUUAUGCUGGAACAAUGUUUGCAUGAAUGUUAACCGAAC